GGCAGCUAUCAUCAAGUUGCCUGUUGGAGUAGGAGGUUCUAUUUGUGUUCCAUUCGUACCUAAUCCCCACCGUAUAAAAUCCAGCCUUGAACAUCAUCUGUGGUCGACCAUGCAGCCCAAUCAAACAAAACUGAAUCUUGGCUGAUACUUGCUGUAUUAUUCAGGUACAGCGGAAUCCAUCGAUCGACCAUCGAUUUCGGCCCGUUUCUCUUCCACCGAUUCUUACUACGCUGUGCUGACUGUUCUAAAUCUCUGCCGCUUCUCUGGGUCACCGCCGAAAACAAUGGAGAGGGAAAACAAGAAAAAUCUGCCGGAGAUUGAUACCCAGAACAACAUUACAAUCAAAGGAAUCAUCGGAAUGCUAAUGGCGAAUGUCGAAGCUAAUAAGGAUGGCAAAAAGGUGAUACCUUUGGGGAUGGGUGACCCCACGGUUUAUUCAUGCUUUCACUCGCCUUCUCUGGCUCAACAAGCUGUUUCUGAGACCCUGUUUUCCGGCAAGUUCAAUGGCUACUCACCCACCGUCGGCCUCCCUCAAGCCCGAGAGGCAAUUGCAGAGUAUUUGUCCGGCGACCUGCCGGAAAAGGUGUCGGCGGACGAUGUAUUUGUAACCGCCGGCUGCACUCAGGCCAUUGAAACCGCGCUGUCGAUUCUUGCGUUCCCUGGCGCCAAUAUCUUGCUUCCAAGACCAGGGUUCCCGAUUUAUGCUCUCUGUGCUGCUUUUAGACACCUUGAAGUCAGAUACUUCGAUCUUAUCCCGGAGAAAGGGUGGGAGGUGGAUCUGGAUGCAGUUGAGUCUCUGGCGGAUAAGAACACAAUUGCAAUGACGAUUAUUAACCCAGGCAAUCCAUGUGGAAAUGUCUAUACUUAUCAACAUCUAAAACAGAUUGCAGAAACGGCAAAGAAGCUGAAACUCAUUGUGAUUGCGGACGAAGUGUACGGGCACCUUGCAUUUGGGGCUACCCCUUUUGUCCCAAUGGGAGUUUUUGGGUCCAUUGCUCCUGUGCUUACUCUUGGGUCUUUGUCAAAGAGAUGGCUAGUGCCCGGAUGGCGCCUUGGUUGGCUAGUCAUAAAUGAUCCUAAUGCCAUUAUUAAAACACCCAAGUUUCUUGGCCGCAUUAAAAAGUACUGCGACAUUUGUGGUGGUCCUGCCACAUUUAUACAGGCGGCUGUUCCUCUUAUAAUUCAGCAAACUGAAGAGGAUUUCUUUAAGAAGACAGUUGCAAUGUUAAAGCUGACUUCGGACAUGUGUUUCGAUAAGAUUCAGGAGAUUCCUUGUCUUACAUGCUCACAUAAACCACAAGGAUCAAUGGCUUUAAUGGUAAAGCUGAAUUUGUCCUUGCUAAGAGACAUAAGUGAUGAUAUUGACUUCUGCUUCAAACUGGCCAAAGAAGAAUCUGUUAUUAUUCUUCCAGGUUUGGCUGUGGGUCUCAAGAACUGGGUUCGAAUUACUUUUGCUGCAGAACCAACUUUUCUUAAGGAAGCACUGGAAAGGAUAAAGUCUUUUGCUCGGAGGCAUUCAUAUGGGAACUAGCUGUUAGUGCACAGAGGAAGCCUGCCUUCUAUACAAUUUAAUAAUUGUACUUUGAUGCACAUCCGAGUAGUGUUAGUGCUCCAAAACUUUGUACUCUAUUUCUGUUAAUAGUACCCGAUAAUAAAUAUGAAUAAGAAUAAGAUCAUAAUUUGUUGUAUAAAUAUUAAUCGUUAUAAGAAGUCUCACAC